AUGGUGGGCUUGAGAAUGGAUUUCAGCAUGCUCCUGGAGCCUCUGGGCUUUGUUAAGGUCCUUGAAUGGGUUCUUGCCAUCUUUGUUUUUGCCACAUGUGGAGGCUUUCAUGGUGAAACUGCUCUUCUAGUUUCCUGCAAAGAUGUGGUAAACAAAACAAUUACAGCUACUUUUGCUUAUCCAUUCAGGUUGAAUACUGUUGUAUUUAGUGCACCAGACCCAAAAGGCUGUGGUGGUACUUGGACUGAUGUCCACCUCGUGGGCAACUUCUCCUCUCCUGCACAGUUCUUUGUUACACUGGCAGCGUUGGUGUUCCUCUACUGCAUUGCUGCCCUGGUGGUGUAUAUUGGAUAUAACCAUGUGUAUCAGCAAAAUAACAAGUUUCCACUCACUGACCUGGCAAUCAGUGUCUUGACAGCUUUUCUGUGGCUGGUCAGUACUUUUGUUUGGGCAAAGGUGCUUGCUGACAUCAAGGUGUCCACAGGAGCCAGCAUUAUUCCUGCAAUUGAACCCUGCAAAGCACCAGGAACAACUUGCCAUUUUCUUUCUGUGACUAGCAUGGGAACUCUGAAUGUGUCUGUGGUGUUUGGCUUGCUUAAUAUGAUUUUAUGGGCAGGAAAUGUUUGGCUUUUAUACAAGGACACCAACUUGCACAACCAAUGGAACAGAAUUUCUGAUAGUCCAACUGAAGGAGUAUAAAAACAAGUUGAUAUUUUGAAGCACUUUCACAUCACACUACCAAGAGCCAUUAGGAUUCAUUUCAAUAAUAACUGCUAACUCAUAAAACU